UUUUUUUUUUCCUUCCCCACUUGGUGUUUACAUUUCUAAGAAGUGGCUGACCGUGAACAUCCGGUUCCACCUUCACUUCUGGAAGAGUCAGAUACUGAAGUUUGCUCUGUUGCGUUGCUCAUGUGGGUGCAAGUGUGAGCUUUUGAGUUUGUGGCUUGGGUUUUUCUGGUGGGUGCAUGGGUUUUUCGUGUUUAGCCAGAACUACUUUUUAACCAGUGUCUCUUCUCCUUUCUCUUCUAUCCAUUGCCCCACGAUGGAUUUUGGUGCUUCACCUGUGUGGUUGGCCCGGCUCUCUCAUCUCUGGCAUCAUCAUGACAACAGAAAAGAGCCCAGCAGCUGACGCUGACAGCUCAGAGCAGCAGCAAGCCAAGGAGGAGGAAGGAGCUGCUGAAACACAGAAGCAAGAGGCUUCCCUGGAGGAAGGGGCUCAGCCAACACCAGAGAGGCAGCCCCAGAGGCAGAAGGCCUCCAACGGAGAAACCCCCACGCACGAGGAGCAGGGCAAGAAAGAGCGUCGCGCCUCCGAGGGCCGAGGUCUCUCCCGCCUCUUUUCCUCCUUCCUCAGGAGGCCCAAGUCUCAGGUAUCCGAAGAGGACAAGGACACUGAUGCUCCUAAAGAGGCGGGAGGUGACCAGAAAGAUGCAGGAUUAGGAGCCAGCCCUGAUGAAGAUAUCUUGGUGAAAGCCCCGAUUGCAGCUCCUGAACCCGAGCUCAAAACUGACCCAUCGCUGGAUCUCCAUUCCUUGAGCAGUGCAGAAACACAGCCUGCUCAAGAAGAGAGGAGGGACGACCAGGAGCCUUUGGGAAGAGACCUUGAGGACAGGGAAGAAGGAGAAGCGAAGGAAGAGGGUGCCAAGCCAGAACUGAAGCCAGAGUCUCUGGAGACUAAAGCAGACAAGGAUUUGAAAGCUGCCCCAAAAGUAGUGAAAAGACACAGAAACAUGUACUGCAAAGUUGUCUUGCUGGAUGACACCAUUUUUGAGUGUUCUGUGGAUAAACACACCAAGGGACAGGAUCUACUUAAAAAAGUCUGUGACCACCUCAAUCUGCUGGAAGAAGACUACUUUGGUUUGGCCACAUGGGACACACCAACCUCCAGGACGUGGCUGGAUCCUGCCAAAGAAAUAAAAAAACAGGUUCAUGGAGGCCCCUGGGAUUUUACCUUCAAUGUCAAGUUUUAUCCACCAGAUCCUGCCCAGCUAACAGAGGACAUCACCAGGUAUUACCUGUGUCUGCAGCUCAGACAGGACAUCCUGACAGGGCGGCUGCCCUGCUCCUUUGCCACCUUGGCUCUGCUGGGUUCCUACACUGUCCAGUCAGAGUUGGGAGACUAUGAUCCUGAUCUCCAUGGCCCAGAUUACAUCAGUGAAUUCAAACUGGCCCCAAACCAGACAAAAGAGCUUGAAGAAAAGGUUGUGGAACUCCAUAAAACAUAUAGAUCCAUGACUCCAGCCCAAGCAGACCUGGAAUUUCUUGAGAAUGCAAAAAAGCUGUCUAUGUAUGGAGUCGACCUUCACCAAGCCAAGGACUUAGAAGGAGUGGAUAUCACUCUGGGAGUCUGUUCCAGUGGCCUUCUUGUUUACAAAGAUAAACUGAGAAUCAACCGCUUCCCAUGGCCCAAAGUCCUGAAGAUUUCCUACAAACGCAGCAGCUUCUUCAUAAAGAUCCGGCCAGGGGAGCAAGAACAGUAUGAAAGUACAAUUGGGUUCAAGCUACCAAGUUACCGGGCAGCAAAGAAGCUCUGGAAAGUAUGUGUUGAACAUCACACCUUCUUCAGGCUGACUUCCACGGAGGCCAUCCCGAAGAGCAGGUUCCUGGCGCUGGGCUCCAAGUUCCGCUACAGCGGCCGCACGCAGGCGCAGACGCGGCAGGCGAGCGCCCUGAUCGACCGCCCCGCGCCCCAGUUCGAGCGCACGGCCAGCAAGAGAGCGUCCAGGAGCCUCGAUGGAGCUAAACGUGCGACUCAAAAGGUUGAGUUCAGAACCCUAGAGGAAGAGAAGCAGAAGGAGGUGGUGGUGGUUGAGGUUCCUGAACCAAAACCUGCGGAUCAGAUCCGAGAGAAGCCAGCCAAACACACUCUUGAAACUUUUGAAAUGAAACCCAUUGCAGAGGAGGAAGAGGAGGAGAAGGUAGAGGUCAUUAAGGUUCCUGUUGCCAAGCCAAAGUCAGUGGAGCUGGUGCAGCCGUGGUCAGCCAAACGUGAUCUUGGCAGUAUUGAGAUAAGCCCAAUUGAAGAGGAGGAGGAAGAAAAAAUGGUGGUGGUGAGAGAACUAGAGCCGUUGCCAAAGGAGUCAGCAGUGGCUGUGAUAACCCCAGAGCGGAGUCCCCGGCCUACCUCAGCCCCAGCCAUCGCUCAGAGCCACCCUGCAGAACCAGCCCCAGCUAAGUCCACUGUGAAGGACGUGGCCACAUCUAAAGUAGGGAAGGAAACAGCAAAAUCUGAUGUGAGACGUGAAGAAUUUGCACUGGAGAAACCCAAGGAGCCAGUGGACGCCUCAAAGGUGAGGAAAACACAUAUUGAGGUCACAGUCCCCACCACGAAUGGUGCCCAGCCCCAGCAGCAGCCUGCAGAAAAAGAGGAAGAGCUGAUAAGAAUGAGGAAGAAGAGAUCAAAGAGGCUAGAUGGUGAAAACAUUUAUAUCAGGCAUAGCAAUUUAAUGUUGGAGGAUCUAGAUAAGACCCAGGAGGAAAUAAAGAAGCACCAUGCCAACAUCAGUGAGCUGAAGAAGAACUUCAUGGAGUCCGUGCCCGAGCCUCGGCCGAGCGAGUGGGACAAACGUUUGUCCACCCACUCCCCGUUCCGCAGCCUCAACGUCAAUGGGCAGAUCCCCACGGGAGCGGACGGAGUCAAGAAAGUCACUGUCCCAUCUUCUGAGAGACAGCCCCCGCUAGUGAAGACACAGACUGUCACCAUCUCUGACGUGUCCAGCGCCGUCAAAAGCGAAAUUCCCACAAAGGAAGUCCCUAUUGUCCACACAGAGACAAAGACCAUCACCUACGAAGCUGCACAGACAGAUGGUGGCAAUGGGGAUUUAGACCCUGGCAUCCUGCUGACUGCCCAGACCAUCACUUCAGAAACCACCAGCAGUACCACCACCACCCAGAUCACCAAGACUGUGAAAGGUGGCAUUUCAGAGACACGGAUUGAGAAGAGGAUUGUCAUCACGGGAGAUGCAGAUGUAGACCAUGACCAGGUCCUGGCACAGGCGAUCAAGGCUGCUAAGGAGCAGCACCCAGACAUGUCGGUGACCAAAGUGGUUGUGCACCAGGAGACAGAGAUUGCAGAGGAGUAAUUGGGCUGUGAAACGUUCCUGCCCAUGACAACACCAGGAAAAAGAAACCCAGCAAAACUACCAAGAAACUACCUGGAGCACAAAGACCUCGGAUUUCAGACUUGACACUCAGAGACAUUCAUAUCAUUUAUUAAGAGUUGCGCUUUGACAUUUUACUUGAGAUUUUUCCAGAGUCCACUAGAUCCUACUGGAUAUAGGGUUUUGUUUUGUUGGGUUUUUUAUAUCUAUCGCGACAGAAAUAUGCCAUAUUUCUAACUUCUAAAAUAUUUCUAGUAUUUUUUACAGGUUUUCAGUUUUGCAUUCCCUCUCACGCAAAGCCUCUUCAGACACAGAAUCUCACCUCACAGGGCUCCAGGGCUCCCUGUUUUAACUUGUAUUCCCUCUGCCUCGUCAGGGAUAACGGAGCUGUUCCGUGCGCGUUCCCGGUGCGGGCUCUGUGUGCGCCUUCACAAAGCCAUGGGUCCUUCUUCCAGGAGAGUCAGUUUAAAGAGUCAGACUUUGUGCAGCAUUUCCAAUUGCCUCUAGAUUAUUUUUGUAGCUCUGGGGAGCUCCAGCCCCGCUGCAACCCCUGGGCUGCUCUGAGCUCCCUCCCCACUGGGUUCCAGCCCUGAUGUGUGAUCACAGUAGGGUUUUGUGGUGUAGCCUGUGCACACAUCUGAAUAGUUGACUAGAUUUAAGGAAUACUGGAAGUUGCUUCAAGUAUCUUAUACUGUGAAUUUUAGAGCUUUAAGAGGAUAGCAUCUCGCCUUCUUCCCGUGUGUCUCUGCUGAGUGCUCCCCACCUGUUUGUGUUUUCUAGAUGCCAUUAAAUUAAAAAGCCCUUAGAAGUGUGUGUUUAAGGUGUUUGGACUCGGGAUGCUAUUAAGGUAGGCUUGUGCAGCAUUCACAGCAGGAACUGAGCUUUUCAAUGUCAUAGUUUUUCACUUGUUUGUGUUCAUGAUUUUUAAAUUACACAGGGGUUUUUUGGUUUUUUUUGUAAGUCAUGGGUUGGGUUUUUUUCCUCCCCUCACAGUGCUAUUUAAAGCUGAACACGUUACCCAUUUCUCAGAGCGUGUAUCCUACUAGCAUUUAAUUUAAACUCCUUUAGACAAUCCUUCCUAGGCCUGCAAGCUGUAUUUGGAGAGGCUGAACAAGGAAUUUUAGGAGGUGUCAGGUGUUGCUGAUUGUGAAAGAGCCAAACCACAUGGGAAGUGUUGACAUUCCCUCUUCCACACUGGCCUGCGGGUCUGGAUUUGGCUUCAUGACCCCCUUGCUGGAAUGAAGUAUCAGGGUGAUUGUCUGAAUCUUGAGGCUGAGCUUACAGACCCCCAGGGCCAUCUCCAGCACAGAGGGGGUGAUGCAAAAGCAUGAUUUCAGGGGCUGGAUGUGCUCUCAUUUCUGCUCUCUAAGCUUCAUGGGAAUGUUCUUGCCUGGUUUGUCCUUCCACCAUUUAAAUUCAAGAAGCAAAAAACCAACCAAGCUCUGUAAAGAGUCUGCCCAGACACUUGUGAACACUUUAGUCCACUUGAGGUUGUGAUUUUUUUUUUCAUGUAUAAAUAUACAUAUACAUAUAUAUAUAUGUAUAUAUAGUGUGGCACAGUGGUAGCUGAGGGCAAAGAGUGCUCUGCUCCUCAGGUGAGGAUGGGAAAAAAAUGGCAAUAAAGAGAAAAGCUCUUCAGUUUUAAAUUUGAAUCAUGUAUUUCAGAAGUCACUGGAUUUAGCUCAGGCUGCAGCGACUCCACUGUUUAGCUGCAGCCAGCCCUGGAACUACACUGGGGCUGGUGCAGCUUCUCAGCUUCAGGUGCAAUUUUAAUUAAGUUGUCAGUAUUGAUUGGAGACUCUGCUGGAGCUGCUGGAUUUUGGCUCUCUUUGAGCCUUGCUGGCCCUGGUCCUGCUCAGCCUCCAGCCCUCCUGUGCCACAGCUGCCUCUGGGCUGCUCUGGUGCAGGUUUCCCUCCUGGGACGCUCUGCCUCCCUCAGGGCAUCCUGCUCUGGGGAUUGAGGGAGUCCUGGGCUCUGGUGCAGAGAUUUAGUCUUCCUAUCCAUGUCUGAAAAGCCCUUCCUUAUUCUGCCAUGCAGGCCCUGGCAGAGGCUCUGCUGCCCUCAGCUGAGUUGGGUAAUGCUUGCCUUAAACACCCAUCAUGCUGAGCACCCUCUGCCACUGCCCUUUUUCUGGAAAUUGAGUCCUUUGCCACUCAAUCCUUCCAUCUCAUUUGCAACAGACACCUGAAGAGUGAAGGGGCACAUGGAGCAGUGGCUGAGAGGAUUUCUGGGCUUUACCAGGCACAGCCAACAUGAUAAAUUCAGUUUGUCCAUAGCACUUAAAGGCACUUGGCUGUCAGGAGAGUUUAGGGGAAUGUGGUCCAUGGUGUUCCCUUGGGGUGUCUGUGCCCUGAGCACCAUGAGUGGGACAGAACACCCCAAGCAGGGAUUUCUGGGUGAGAAGCCUGCUGGCAGGAGAGCUGGUUCCUUUCCAAAAGGAUGUGCUCACUGUUGCUGCACAUGUCCCUUGUUAAAGGACCUGUAGACGAGAACAACAAUUUUUUUUCCUUGGAUUUUGGGUGUCUGUUUUCCAUUUUCACACUUCCCCCUGCUGAGUUCUUGCUUCUCCUGGAGAAAUUCAGACAAGUUCUGGCCUCAUGUGCCCUUUGCCAUCUCCUGCUGUGUAACCUCAGGGGUCUCCAGCCCCACUCCUGCCAACACAGUGCCCGAGCCCAGGAGCCUGGGAAGAAGAUGCAAGUUAAAAGCAGAAGAAGCUUCUCUCACCCUCAGCCAAGGCCAUGGUGGGGCUGCCCACUUCCCUUCUACCUCUGGUGGGAUUUAAAAUCCUUGGCUCUGAGCAUGCUGUGUCAGCUCUAGGGACAAACCAGCUAAGUAAGGUCUAUUUAUAUGAAUGUUCCCAACUCUUCCCACUCCACAAAUUCACCCAGAGACUGUCUUGAUUGUAUAAUAUGCAUUAUAUGGAAGCUAUUUAUAUAUGAAUGAAUGUUUUUAUAGAAAGGAAGGCAAGGAGCUCUUGUUCUUCUCCAUUAAAUUGGAAUGGCAGCUCCAGUUGCCCAAUAGGAGUCCCUGACCAACAGAGAUGUGUUAGCAAAGGACUGACUGAUUUCUGAUUUUAAUAAACUGUGGUUUGCUGAUUUUCCUAAUUGUACAAUUACCUUAAGAGGUGUUAGUGUCCCAGCCUUAGAGAUGAAACUUGUAAAAAACAAAACAAAAAAAUUAUUUAGUUGAGAAGAUGAAGGAGCUUUGUAAAAAAUUUUUAAGGCAAUUGUGAAUUGUCUAGGUUAGGCAUUUACAACUCUUUAUAAAAAUAGGAACUUUUAAAGUUGGCAAAACUUUCUAGAUCAACUAGUGGUGGGAGUUGUUAUUUUGGAUUUUCAUAGUGAAUCAAAGGGAAAGUUGCCAUAGUGUUUAGGCAGACCUAAGUGUUCUGUAUUGCUUCUUGUACUGCAUUUUUCAAUAAAUCUUCAAACAAAAUUCUUUCCCUAGUGUUGAAUUCUCUUCCUCCUUCUCAUCUUCCUCCAGGUCUCUCUCCGUAGCCUGGCUUUGUGGUGACUUGGUUUUACCAGCCCAAACCAAAGCCCCCAAAUGUGGCUACAAUGGUGCCAAAGCUCUCCCAGCCCUGGGCCAGCAUUUCCCUGGGCUCUUGGUGCCUUCAGACCCUUCAGACAGUUCCCAUUGUGGUCACAUAUGGGACCAAAGCCCCAGAAAUGGCAGAAGCAAUUCCCAGAGUUCAAAUUUGCCUCAAAGAAGCAUCACUUGAUGUAAAACCUUCAUUUGAGCUGUGAAAUUUGUGGUGAGACCAGGUGAGGUCUAUGCUCAGCAGCUACUGCCCAACCCUAAGUGUGACUCAGCUAGAGUGGGGGGAAGUGUCAAAUCCAUUGAUAUUUUGGUUCUAUCUGAUUUUUUUUCUGGCUGCAGCAGCUUUAGGAGGGACAGAAAUAAGGCACAAAAAGCUGACAGGGCAUCUUGGCUGCAGGCCUGACAGAGAACAAGAGCCAGAUGGCCCAGUUAGGGCAGUUGGAGACUGGAAAUUGGCUGGGAAGAGCUUCCCUGGGGGCAGGGGCAGCCCAGGCCUGGCUGUGGUGCCUCAGUUUCCCUAACAGGCAGAAAGAGAAGGGUGGCACGUGGCAUGUCCUGCUAAAAGCUCUGAAUUCCCAUUGCCGCAGACAGAGCCAGCAUAGUUUCCACCCUGAUCCUGGACAGUUUGCUUCCAAGAACUAAAUCUCAGUGUCCUGUAGAGCCAGAAUUACCAAGGAGCUGACCCUGGAGAGCUGGGAACCUGCCACCCCUGGAGCUGCUUCCCUGUGAGAGUCAGCAUGGCUCACUCACAGCUCUGUGGCAGAGCCAGGCCCCGUUAUCCCCCAGCUCCUGCCCUGCCCAGCCCAGCAGGGUCAGGCUGCAAACAGCCCUGUUCAGGGAGCUGGGCACAUCCCAGCACCUCCAGACAAUGCACUGGUGUGAGGGGCCAUGGCUGGCUAUGAACCACAGCCCCAAAAACAUCACGUCUGCAGACAACCCACCAAGAAAUCCCUUUGGUUAGCUGCACUUUGGGAUGUCAGCCCCUGCUCAAUGGCCAAGAUAUCAUCACCUGCUCCCACUUUUGGCCCUGUUAAGCAUCACCUGGGGACCAGCUCCAAGCUCUGUCAAGCUCCUGUGGGGCCCAGUCUGUCCCACAGCUACCACCUCCAACAACAAUAUGGGAUUGUGCUGGACUACACCAGUGUGUCCUGGCAGAAACACCAUCAUCAGCCUUGGGACUCCCACACGGAGGGGACCUGGGCCUGAUGGUUCCCAUGGGGCUUCUGGCACAUUCCUGUCCUGGACACUGCAGGGACGUCAGUGGCACCAGGGAUAUGGUCCCAUAUUGCCCAUCCACCCAAACCAUUGUGCUUUGCUGGGCAGGAGCGUUGCCAUCACUGGUGAAGGGACACCCCAGCACAGGUGACACUGGAACCCCAUCCAAAAUGCCCAGGAGAAAAGUGUCCUCAGCUUAUUUCCCCAGGGUACAAGUGCAGGGACAGCAAACACCCACCUCGAUGCUCAGCAGUCUGGGGCCAUCCCAGGAGACUGGAAAGGUUUUUCCUUAAGGCUCCCCAAAGCUGCUCUUGGGUGAGUGUCCCAAACCCAGGGUGCCUUUACCCACCUCAGCCAGAGCAGGAGGGGGUGUGGUAAUGUUGCCUGUGGCAUUUUGCCUGGCUACAAGCUAGGGAGAAUGUUAGGCAAAAAAAUACCAUGGCAAUGCAGAUGCAAAGAAAUGAAACCCCCACCCCUCGUCCCAGCUGCGCAGGAGGCAGCAGCUUCUGGCAGACCCAUCCCAGCCCCCAGAUCCCACACCAAAGGCAAUGACUGCCUUGGAGAUCCCAUCCUUUGGGAAGAAGCCACAAAAGUGGCUUUCCUUCAUCACCCAUCCCUGGUCCUUCCUCAUGUCUCCAUCCCAGAACUCAACCUGGAGAAGCAGCUGUCACAUCAGCAGGGGAGAGUUCCCAUUAAGUCACCAGUUUAUUCCAGCCCAGGCGCUUUUCAGGCUGCUCCUCCUGGUUUUGGGGCUCAGCAGCCAGUCGUGUUCCUGGGGGAUCAGGGCUGCUCUCAGGGCUCCAGGGGGAAUUGCUGUGGGAGCCAGGUAGCAGCGGGUGACUCCAUCCCUUCCACCGGGGUCUGAGAUAAACAGGAUUGAAAGGGAGGAAUUAUGUUGGCAAUGGGCCAGGUUGGACAUGCUGAGCUCAGCUCUGUGCUCCAUCACUGGGGAAACUGAGGCAUAAAAGAAUAGCUAAAACCAGGUGGGGAAUCACCUCAGGUCCUGCAGUGGCUGGGUCAAUGACCUUGGAUUCAUCCCUGCUCCAUCCCAACCACCCAAAGAAGCACCAGCGCAGACUCCUGCAGAUUCAUGGGCAUCUUUUGCUUUUUGCCACCAGCACAGGCAGUGAUCCCUGAUGGGCUCCAAGCCAAAGCCUCAGAGGUUUCGGCUCCAGCCCCAUGCCAGCACUCAGCUGUCAGGACACAUCACACAGAUGUUGACAACACUGAGGGAACUUUGGCUUUUGACCCAGGACCAGCCCCAGGGCAAUCCAUCCCACAUUGCUCAGCCCAUUUCUACAGUAGGAUUCAUGUGCAGAGCCUUGGGUGCCAGAGAAUCUAUACAGGACACCCCCAAACCCACAGGAAAAAAAAAUUAAAAAUAAUUAAGCAACUACUCCCAACCCCAGCCCAGCUCCAGCUCCCCUGGGUAGUGGGAAGCACUAGGAUGGGUGCCUUUGGCUCUGUGCUGGCUCACUAAUGCAGAGAGGCAUUUUGUAUCACACUCUUGCCCUUUUUUAAAAUAGAAAUCAGUCCCCUGCCAAAAGGGGAGCACAGCUGCACCCAUCCCAGCGCUGCUCUGUAGCCACGGAGGGCAGAAGCCACACUCACCCAGCACAGGUCACAGCGUCCCCUGCGCGUCACCUCCCCAACCUCGGCAGGAGAUCGAUGGCAGCAUCACUCACUGCUGGCUGCACUGCAAGUGUGUGCUGGGAGCCCAGCCCUCGCCUUCCCGCAGACCUUAAAUCUUAACAAGGGCACUCUGGCCAAGCAGAUUCAUGGCUGUGACCGGCCCCACUGCGGAAAGAGGAGGAGGAGGAGGAAGAGAAAGAGCUGAAACCAGCCAACAGCUGAGCAGUAUCAGGGAGUGAUUGUCCCCAGCUGUGGCUGUUGUGCUCCCUGGGGACAGAAGCAUCCCCAGCAGCAAAUCUGGAGACUCACUGGCACUACUGGGGUGUCCCCAGGCAUGAGAGACCCUCUCACAGCCACCAGCAGGGUCUGCACCUCCCCAGCGCACAUCUCCCACACAGCCUGUGGUAGCGGGUCCCUCAAUCCAUUUUCCCCAUUUUAUCAAAUUUUGGCCCAAACUAAGCUGUCCUGUAGCCAUGCACGAGCUGAGAGGUCUCUUGGUGCUGGGGGAUAACUGCAAUUUCCCUUGGUCUCUCCAGCCUCCAUCCUCUGGUCCAAGGGUCAGUCCUCGUCAGCCUGGACAUGCUGGUGUUGGGAACAAUCCCCCAGUUUUCUUUGCUGGUGUUUACAAUGAAAUUCCCCUCCUGUUGGUAGGAAUCUCCUCCUGCAGUGGGCACCUCCUGGGCUGGGAUACCCUGGGGGUGACAACAGCUGGAUAUUUAGUCCAUAGUGUAUCCAGCCAGUUCCUGAGCAGGACAGAAGGUGCCUCCAAGCACUGCCCUUCACAGGCUGUGCAGUGUGGCAUCUCUGGGGCUUCCAGGGUUGUUCCACUUCACAACCCUGCAGCCAAACAGUCAAUGGAGGGAUCCAUCCAGGGUGUACAUUUUUACUUUUACUUUCUGUUUCUAACCUCACCCUGCCCAGUCACUCCCAAAACACUGUGAGGACAGCACCCAUGGCAUCCAUCCACUGAAACCAGCACUGCUAAUAUCCCACAAACACGCUGGGAACAGUGUCCACGGACAGAGCUGAAGGUGAGGGAUGCACAGAUGUUGCUCUUCCCUGGAAAAGGCUCGGGGUUUCUCACCCUGCCAGAUUGAUUGACCAAACUGCUUUGCAUUUUGAAACGAUCCCUGUGUCACUCAGAAAUGCCUCCCCUGGAGGAUGCUGCUGAGCUGGGAAGGAGGAUGGGGCAGGAGGAUGAUGCUGGUGCAGGCACAUGGUCCAUGCAGGUUGCCCUGUGGUCCAGCCAUUUCCAACAGUUAGACUGAGCCUCAGCCAGAAAAUGAAGGGGAAAAAUUAAAAUAAACACCCCCAGUAGCUUCUCACGCGGCUCCUUGUGGCAUUUUGGGCUCCAAUUUCUUGCUGCCAGUUCCCAAAGCAUGGCCCAGGGCCCAGCAUUAGCUCUGGCUGCAGAUGGUUAAGCCCAAGUAAAAAGUUAUUUUUGGACAAAAACAACCCUCUGGCACUUCCUCUAUGGUGCUGCUCCAGGGCAGACCCCAAUGGUGACUUUUUCUCGUUGCUGUUCAUUGCAUUGAAUCAGAGCCUAAAUAAUGUUGAGAUUAAGCAGCCAAAUAAAUAGCUGAGCUUGGGCUGGUAUCACUCCCAGAGAGUCCUCUGGGAUGCAGCUGGGCCCAAACUGCAGCUGUGGGUCCCAUCUCUGGUCCCUGCACAGGGGAAGUUGUACCCAAGCUCUCUGGGAGGGCUGGCACUGCAAACAGAGACAGCUUUUCCCUGUAAAGCAGAACCACCCCCAUCAAAGCAUUGUGGGGGGCUGCUUUUUGGGAGAUGAGGGAGCUGGGGUAGAAAAAGCAAUUUCCAAAUGAUUUUAUUGGGAUGUUUUGAUCUGGAGAAGGAUGUUGCUCCCAAAGUUGCAAGGUCUGACACUCUGUGUUCAAUUCAGACCAGAGAGGGAGAAGCAGGGACAGGAAUAACCCUCCCCCCACCCCCUGCCCCCAAACAUUUCAUACAGAUAAAAGAGAUUUCAGUCAUCCCAAGAGGCCCUGGUUUUGGGAAGGCAAAAGGCAAAGAUCCCAUCUAGGCUGCCACAGCCAUUUUGAAGCCUCCCGAGUUGCUGGAGAGCAGAGCUGUCCCAGUCCUUCCACAUCACUCCAAUCCAUCCUUCCACAUGCCCUGGCAUCCCGG